AUGCAGAGCCUACAACAAAGGAUGGACGAUUGGAAGCAACGAGUCAGGAUCCUGAUGAAUCAGAUACUUACCGUGGAUCAAUACUAUGUAACCAGCGACGAGUAUAAAUUCACCGGACUGGCGUCCUAUGCCGAUAUAGCCGCUGGUCGUACCAGUCCAAGUUCAAGAGGCUGUAGUCCGUACAGAAAUCAACGAGAUGAACCUCCUCCUUCCUGUCCCCUACCAAUUCAGAUAUUGCCAUACAACGUAACGCAACUUUCUGAACAGAAAGCAAUCGAAGUAAAACAUGUCGAAGAUAUUCAGCCGAAACUCGCACAGAUUCAAAUGCAAAAGGACGAGAGUAACAGCGAUAAUGAAAAUUCAAUUCGUUCAGUUAAGCAAGAAGAACAAACACCAAAAGUGGAAGAAGAAGGAACUGUAACCGAUAGCACAUUAAAUAGUCUUCCUGUAAUCACGGUAGUCGAAUCAAUUCCUCGUCGAGGACGUUCACCAAUAAGAAAAUCAACUUCUGCUCGACCUAACAUGCAAACUAACAAGAAAUAUGAAAAUCCACGUUCGCCUGUAUCAUGUGCAACGGAGAAGCAAAUAUUAAGAUCUAAAAAUGUGAAAAAUACGUUGACUCCAUGCGAUGAUAAUAGAGGUCGAUCUGCUAGCCCUAUUUGGGUUCCUGGUUCAACUUCCUAUGCCGAUAUACUUCGAGGAGGUACUCACGCAACAUUUAACUCAUCUGAUUCGAUGGAUAACGAUAUAAAUUCAUUGACGAAGGAAACUCAUAGCACGCAUUCAAAUGCAACUGAAAGUAACUCGAUUAAUCUCACGUUAUCGGAGACACAUAUAAAUGAAACUCAUACAAUCGAAUCAGAAUCUAUUAAACCAGUGGAAAGUUCAAUGUCAAUUGAUGACAAACAAUUGUAUGAACAAAGUCAGGAAACAGUUAUUGAAAAGGAUGACACUAAAAAUUUCUCACAGGAGACUAGUAAUACUUGGUCUAGUGAAUCAUUAGAACACUGUGACGUACUCGAAGAGAAGCAUUAUGACAACAUAGAAAGUCAAGUACCAACAACUGAGACUUACGAAUACAUACACCAACCUAUGACCGAAUUAGUAGGAUUCAUAGGUUCCCAACUUGGUGCUUAUCCUGUAGGUUCGUAUGUUUACGCACCAGUUGAACUUCAUCAGCAAAUACAACUCGAUACAAUCACUCCGCAACAUUAUAGUCAAAUGGAUGGUUACACGACGAAUCAUUAUGUUGGUCAAAAUAAUUUUCUACCGACAACUAGCAUAUGUCAUGAGUCUCAUAUACAACAACAACGUGAGUGUCCUGCGAAUGAAUCGGAAAAUAGUAAAAAUGAAAAAAUUAUUGAUUCUCAAUCUUCUUCAGUUCUUGAAGUUUCUAAUUUGGAAAUAUCGUCAUUCCCGAUAUCUAAUAUCACUGAGCAAAGUGAAUCUAAUAACGAACAAAAUGUUUCCUUAAAUACUAUAAAUAUGGAUAAUAGUACAAAUUCAGAUAAUAUUGAAAAGAAGAAUACAAGUGUAUCAAAUAACACAGAAAACAAAAGUCAAAUAUUCUCAUACGCUCAAAUUCUUUCUCAAGUUUCAGCUCAAAAAACAAAUGCUGCUAGGAAAGAAGACAAAGUAGAAAAUAAGCAGCAAAAGAAAAAAGCAGAGCAUGCAAAGCAAAAACAAGAUCAACAAAAGGAGAAAGUAAACCAACAGCAAAAGGAAAAGCAAGAUCACCAGAAGGAAAAGUUAGACCAACAGAAAGAAAAACACGAUCUACAAAUGGAAAAGCAAUAUCAACCGAAGGAAAAGCAAAAACAUUUAAAAGAAAAACAAGAACAGCAAAAGGAAAAGCAAGAACAGCGUAAAGAAAAGGAAGAACAGCAAAAGGAAAACCAAGAUCAACUUAAAGUACAAACACCUGAAACUACUGGAGCAACGAAAGGACCAUUAGAAAAGAAACGUAAGCAAAAGAAGAAAAAAUCAGAUAAAACAAUUGAUGAUGAAAUUGACAAGGCUCUGAAAGAAAUAGAAGAUAUGGAUAAACAGAAAGCUAAGAGUCAAAUAAAUCCAAAGGAGACGUAA